CCUCUCCACUCCAAACUCAAUUUCUCUUGCAUUUUCCUGUCAAUACUUUCAACAUGGAAGCAAGAGCACCCCACAACGUCACCGUAAAGCCUCCGGCGGAAUUCACGCAACCGCGCUCGCAGUGGGGCCACUCGCCGGUCCCGUACUUGUUUGGCGGAUUGGCCGCCAUGCUUGGCCUAAUUGCUUUUGCUCUUCUCAUCCUGGCCUGCUCCUACUGGAAACUUUCCGGGUAUCUCGAAAGGGGUGAGGGAGGGCAAGGAGAGAGGGACUUGGAGGCUGGAGAGGGCAAAGGCGAGGAAGCACAGAAAGGAGGGCAGCCGACAGUUAUGGAAGAGAAGUUCCUGGUUAUAAUGGCCGGACAGGAGAAGCCGACUUUCUUGGCCACCCCUGUCUCUUCUUCCAGGUCUUCUUCUUUCGGUGAAAAGGGUAACACGAGCUGCUGUGGUGAAAAGGAUGAGAAAUUAGAGACAGAGAAGCAGGAUCAGCUGCAGGCUCGUAGCAGCACAACCCACGAUGCUGCAGAUCAGGACCAUUAAUCCCUUCUGGUGAUACACAAAACCUCUAUAAAUGCUAAAUCAUAAUGUGACCAUGAUUCUGUCCAUGUUUCGGUGGUGAUUCUGGGAAUGAUCGUCUUUGCAGUGCAGUCCUUUUUUGCUCUGUAUAUGAGACUGCCUAUUUUAUUCUCUGCUCUCUUUUUUUCCGUUCGGGAAAUGUAAAUUUAUCGAGAUUCAAUGAAGUUUUUUCGUUUCU